AUGGGUGCCACCAGGGACCUGCUGUGGUUAUUCCUGCUAAAUGCAGUGCUCCUGGAUGCCAUCUCACCUAAUCUACACAAAAAUUAUUCUUCCCAAAAAGAUGCCACCAAUGCCACAGCCAGCCUCACUGUCUCUGCUCCUUUAGACGCCACAGCCAAAGAUCUACCCCAGUUCAGGUUGGCCACUCCUCCAGAUGCCACCAUCAGCCUGGUGAACGGCAGAGGCCACUGCGAGGGUCGCGUGGAGAUUUCACACUCAGGGGGCCGGGGCACUGUCUGUGACGAUGGCUGGGACAUGAACGAUGCCCAGGUGGUGUGCAGGCAGCUGGGAUGUGGAGCUGCCCUUUCUGCAACAUCAGGGGCCUCCUUUGGACAAGGCAAUGGCAGCAUCUACCUGGACGAUGUGAACUGCACAGGCUCGGAGUCAUCCAUCUUCCAGUGCAGCCACCGUGGCUGGGGCAGCCACAAUUGUGCCCACAGUGAAGAUGCUGGUGUUGUGUGCUCAGGUACCACUGAUGCCACCACCAUCAGCCUGGUGAACGGCAGGAACCGCUGCGAGGGUCGCGUGGAGAUUUCACACUCUGGGGUCCGAGGCACUGUCUGUGAUGAUGGCUGGGACAUGAACGAUGCCCAGGUGGUGUGCAGGCAGCUGGGAUGUGGAGCUGCUGUUUCUGCAACAUCAGGGGCCUCCUUUGGACAAGGCAGUGGCAGCAUCUACCUGGACGAUGUGAACUGCGCAGGCUCGGAGUCAUCCAUCUUCCAGUGCAGCCACAGCGGCUGGGGCAGCCACAAUUGUGGCCACAGUGAAGAUGCUGGUGUUGUGUGCUCAGGUGCCACAAGCACAACUACAGACAGCCCCAUUUCCGUUCCUUCAGAAUCUCUUCCCAAGUUUUCCAUACCUCCUUCUUUCCCAGAUGCCACCAUCAGCCUGGUGAACGGCAGAGGCCACUGCGAGGGUCGCGUGGAGAUUUCACACUCAGGGGGCCGGGGCACUGUCUGUGACGAUGGCUGGGACAUGAACGAUGCCCAGGUGGUGUGCAGGCAGCUGGGAUGUGGAGCUGCCCUUUCUGCAACAUCAGGGGCCUCCUUUGGACAAGGCAAUGGCAGCAUCUACCUGGACGAUGUGAACUGCACAGGCUCGGAGUCAUCCAUCUUCCAGUGCAGCCACCGUGGCUGGGGCAGCCACAAUUGUGCCCACAGUGAAGAUGCUGGUGUUGUGUGCUCAGGUACCACUGAUGCCACCACCAUCAGCCUGGUGAACGGCAGGAACCGCUGCGAGGGUCGCGUGGAGAUUUCACACUUGGGGGACCGUGGCACUGUCUGUGACGAUGGCUGGGACAUGAACGAUGCCCAGGUGGUGUGCAGGCAGCUGGGAUGUGGAGCUGCUGUUUCUGCAACAUCAGGGGCCUCCUUUGGACAAGGCAGUGGCAGCAUCUACCUGGAUGAUGUGAACUGCACAGGAUGGGAGUUGUCUCUCUUCCGGUGCAGCCACCGUGGCUGGGGCAGCCACAAUUGUGCCCACAGUGAAGAUGCUGGUGUUGUGUGCUCAGAUGCCACCACCAUCAGCCUGGUGAACGGCAGGAACCGCUGCGAGGGUCGCGUGGAGAUUUCACACUCUGGGGGCCAAGGCACUGUCUGUGAUGAUGGCUGGGACAUGAACGAUGCCCAGGUGGUGUGCAGGCAGCUGGGAUGUGGAGCUGCUGUUUCUGCAACAUCAGGGGCCUCCUUUGGACAAGGCAGUGGCAGCAUCUACCUGGACGAUGUGAACUGCAUGGGAUCAGAAUCAUCCCUCUUAAAAUGCAGCCACAAUGGCUGGGGCAUUCACAACUGUGGCCACAGUGAAGAUGCUGGUGUUGUGUGCUCAGGUACCACUAGUGGGUAAGAACUUUCUCCCUACAUCCAUCUGGUGAACGGAAGGCACCAGUGUGAAGGUCGUGUUGAGAUCUACUACCGGGGACGGUCGGGGACAGUGUGUGAUGACUUCUGGGACCUCGCUGACGCCCAGGUUGUGUGCAGGCAGCUGGGCUGUGGCAGGGCCAUUGCAGCUCUGGGAAGUGCCUACUUUGGGCAAGGCUCAGGUGACAUUGUGCUGGACAACGUCAGGUGCAGUGGAAAUGAGGUGUCCUUGCUGCGCUGCAAUCACACGGGGUGGAGAAUCCACAACUGCGCCCACUAUGAAGAUGCUUCUGUUGUCUGUUCAGAGGAGUCUGAUUCAAAACAAGCAGAGGCAAUAUCAACAUAUACAACAGAUUCAGCACUGGAGACAACCUCCACAGUAGGGACAACACCCAUAGAAUCAAUGAUGUCUCUAAGAGAGACAUCAAUGUCAGCAUCAACAGUCUUCACAGAGGAGAUGACAUCCCCUGGGGAGAUGGGCACAACUGGAUUAACAACCAACACAGAGGAGACAAGCGCCAUGGCGACAUCAGCCCCCAGAUCAGAGGCAUCCUUCCUAGUGGAGAUGGCCGCCACAGAGCCAAUGACAACCCUAGCAGUCACACCCAACCCAUGGCAAACGACCAUGAGAGAGAUGUCUGCUUUACCAGAGACAGAAGUGUCAUCCUCUGCCCCACCACUGCCGUACUCACUGCCUGCUAUGAUCACCACAGUGGAGGAGAGCACAACAGGGCCAGGAGUGCGGCUGUCGGGCGGCAGGAAUGGCUGCGAGGGCCGCGUGGAGCUGUACGACGGCAGCACCUGGGGCACGGUGUGUGACGACCAGUGGGACCUGAGGGAUGCCCAGGUGGUGUGCCAGCAGCUGGGCUGUGGCCAGGCCCUGGCUGCACUGGACACUGCUCACUUUGGCCCGGGCUCCGGCCGCAUCUUCCUGGACGACGUGCAGUGCCGUGGGGACGAGCCCUCCCUACAGAUGUGCCAACACAAUGGUUGGGGCGUGCACAACUGCAGGCGUGUGGAGGAUGCCAGUGUCAUCUGUGCAGGGCCAGGCGUGCGACUGUCGGGCGGCAGGAACGGCUGCGAGGGCCGCGUGGAGCUGUACGACGGCAGCACCUGGGGCACGGUGUGUGACGACCAGUGGGACCUGAGGGAUGCCCAGGUGGUGUGUCAGCAGCUGGGCUGUGGCCAGGCCCUGGAUGCCCCACAAAAUGCUCACUUUGGGCGGGGCUCUGGCCGCAUCUUCCUGGACGACGUGCAGUGCCGCGGAGACGAGCCCUCCCUGCAGAUGUGCCGGCACAACGGCUGGGGUGUGCAAAACUGCGGGCAUAUAGAGGAUGCCAGUGUCAUCUGUGCAGCUGCCAAUCCAACCACUCCUUCUCAAUGGCCACUCACAACAGGGCCAGGCGUGCGGCUGUCGGGCGGCAGGAACGGCUGCGAGGGCCGCGUGGAGCUGUACGACGGCAGCACCUGGGGCACGGUGUGUGACGACCAGUGGGACCUGCGGGAUGCCCAGGUGGUGUGCCAGCAGCUGGGCUGUGGCCAGGCUCUGGGAGCGCCACGCAACGCUCGCUUUGGGCCGGGCUCCGGCCGCAUCUUCCUGGACGAUGUGCAGUGCCGCGGGGACGAGCCCUCCCUGCAGAUGUGCCAGCACAACGGCUGGGGCGUGCACAACUGCGGGCACGUGGAGGAUGCCAGUGUCAUCUGUGCAGGCUGGGCUCUUCUGCUGCCCGUGCGGCUGUCAGGCGGCAGGAACGGCUGCGAGGGCCGUGUGGAGCUGUACGACGGCAGCACCUGGGGCACGGUGUGUGACGACCAGUGGGACCUGCGGGAUGCCCAGGUGGUGUGUCAGCAGCUGGGCUGUGGCCAGGCCCUGGGAGCCCCACAAAAUGCUCGCUUUGGCCCGGGCACUGGCCGCAUCUUCCUGGACGAUGUGCAGUGCCGCGGGGACGAGCCCUCCCUGCAGAUGUGCCGGCACAACGGCUGGGGUAUGCACAACUGCAGGCACAUGGAGGAUGCCAGUGUCAUCUGUGCAGCCCCCCAGACAACUCCUCCUCCUCAAUGGCCGCUCACAACAGGAACUCAAACCAAUGCCUUGUGCCGUGUGUCAGGGCCCGGUGUGCGGCUGUCAGGCGGCAGGAACGGCUGUGAGGGCCGCGUGGAGCUGUACGACGGCAGCACCUGGGGCACGGUGUGUGACGACCAGUGGGACCUGCACGAUGCCCAGGUGGUGUGCCAGCAGCUGGGCUGUGGCCAGGCCCUGGGAGCCCCACAAAAUGCUCGCUUUGGCCCGGGCUCCGGCCGCAUCUUCCUGGACGACGUGCAGUGCCACGGGGACGAGCCCUCCCUGCAGAUGUGCCAGCACAACGGCUGGGGCGUGCACAACUGCGGGCACAUGGAGGAUGCCAGUGUCAUCUGUGCAGGGCCCGGUGUGCGACUGUCGGGCGGCAGGAACAGCUGCGAGGGCCGCGUGGAGCUGUACGACGGCAGCACCUGGGGCACGGUGUGUGACGACCAGUGGGACCUGCGGGAUGCCCAGGUGGUGUGCCAGCAGCUGGGCUGUGGCCAGGCCCUGGGAGCCCCACAAAAUGCUCGCUUUGGCCCGGGCUCCGGCCGCAUCUUCCUGGACGAUGUGCAGUGCCGCGGGGACGAGCCCUCCCUGCAGAUGUGCCAGCACAACGUCUGGGGCGUGCACAACUGCGGGCACAUGGAGGAUGCCAGUGUCAUCUGUGCAGGGCCCGGCGUGCGGCUGUCGGGCGGCAGGAACAGCUGCGAGGGCCGCGUGGAGCUGUACGACGGCAGCACCUGGGGCACGGUGUGUGACGACCAGUGGGACCUGCACGAUGCCCAGGUGGUGUGCCAGCAGCUGGGCUGUGGCCAGGCCCUGGGAGCGCCACGCAACGCUCGCUUUGGGCCGGGCUCCGGCCGCAUCUUCCUGGACGAUGUGCAGUGCCGCGGGGACGAGCCCUCCCUGCAGAUGUGCCGGCACAACGGCUGGGGCGUGCACAACUGCGGGCACAUGGAGGAUGCCAGUGUCAUCUGUGCAGCUCCAGUGGCCACCUCAACACCUCCACCAGCACCUUAUUUUUGUGGUGGCUCAGUCUCAGAUCCCUCUGGGAUGCUGCAGAGUCCCAACUAUCCUGGAAAUUAUCCAAACGACGCUGACUGCGUGUGGGAAAUACAAGUAGAGAACAAUUUCCGUGUAACACUCACAUUUAGAGAUAUUGUGAUGCAAAGCAGGACAUGCCAGCACGACUACAUUGAAGUCUAUGAUGGACCUCUCCACUCUUCCCCUAUGCUUGGGAGAUUCUGCUCUGGCUCCUUUCCCACAUACGUGUCCUCUUCAAACAUGAUGAGUGUUCGCUUCCACAGCGAUUCCAGAUUCUCCUUCAGAGGCUUUCAGGCUCACUACUCCUCCAUUCCAGCACGUCACAACACCACCAUUCAGUGCUUGCCAGACUACAUGCACGUAGUGGUCAGCAGAGACUACCUCCAGUCCCAGGGCUACUCAGCACGGAGGGUCACCCUGAAUGACAAUCGCUGCAGACCGACAGUCACCUCCCAGGAGGUUGUAUUCAACAUCCCCUACAACGGCUGUGGGACAAUACAAGAGGAGAACAACGACACAAUCAACUACUCCAACACCAUCAGGGUCGCAUCUUCCGGGUACAUAAUCAAGAGGAAGAAGAACAUCAACUUGCACGUCAGCUGCAAAAUGCUGAGGAAGAGCUGGCAGCAGGUGGUGUACGCUGCUGAGGACACCGUGGAUGUGGACGAGUACCAGUUUGGGAGAUACAACAUGAACAUCACCUUCUACGAGUCCCCGGCGUUCCGGCGCCAAGUGCACGCCUCUCCCUACUACAUCGACCUCAACCAAAACCUCUACCUGCAAGCCUGUCUUCACAGCUCGGACCCAAACCUGAAGGUGGUUGUGGACACGUGUGUGGCAGCACCUGACCCUCGUGAUUUUAACAGGCUGGCCUAUUACUUAGUCAGGAAUGGGUGUCCUAGAGAUUCUUCCUAUGCCACCUACUACUCCCCUUCCAGCCACUUUGCUCGGUUCAAGUUUAACGCAUUCGAGUUCAUGAGCCAGCACCCGUCGGUGUACCUCAAGUGCCAGAUGCUGGUCUGCAGGCUCGGGGACUACUCCUCCCGCUGCUACAGGGGCUGCAGCUCCAGGCCCAAGAGGGACACCAGCCCUGCUGAGGAACAAGUGGAUGUGGUGGUUGGGCCCCUCCAGCUCCGAGGAGGGGAUGCUCCGACAAGUGGAGACUGGUGGGACCAGGCAGACACAGAACUAAAGGCAAUAUGGGAAAAAAUUGUCGAGUGGAUUAAAGAAGAAUUGGAGCACAGAGUUCCACCACAACCACAGCUUAGACUGGAAUCUGGUGGGCACCGAUGCGCCGGGAGGGUUGAAGUUUAUCAUGAUGGAAAAUGGGGCACGGUCUGUGAUGAUUAUUUCAAUAUGAACAGCGCCAACAUUGUGUGCAGACAACUUCACUGUGGCCAAGCUGUCUCUGUCCUGGGACUGUCUUACUUUGGCCAGAGUGGAAAAGUUAUCCCCUUGGAUGAUGUGCAGUGUAGAGGAAGUGAAUCCCACCUUUGGGACUGCCAGCUGGGAUGCAACGCGCUCCACAGUUGCACCAACAGCACCACCACAGAGGAGAGCAGGACAUCAGAAAUCCCAAUUACACCACAGACAGCCUCUGCAAACACUUCGGAACCAAACCUGAUACCUGCUGCACUGGAAGCAAACGUGACAACCCCGGCUGCAGAAAUCCUUUCCACGCUGGCUGAAGCAACAGCCUCUCCUACUGCUGAACCUGCAGAUGUAAACACACCAACAGCCUCUCCUACUGCUGAACCUGCAGAUGUAAACCCAUCAACAGCCUCUCCUACUGCUGAACCCGCAGAUGUAAACACACCAACAGUCUCUCCUAAUGCUGAACCUGCAGAUGUAAACCCAUCAACAGCCUCUCCUACUGCUGAACCUGCAGAUGUAAACACACCAACAGCCUCUCCUACUGCUGGACCUGCAGAUGUAAACACACCAACAGCCUCUCCUAAUGCUGAACCUGCAGAUGUAAACACACCAACAGCCUCUCCUACUGCUGAACCUGCAGAUGUAAACACACCAACAGCCUCUCCUACUGCUGAACCCGCAGAUGUAAACACACCAGCAGCCUCUCCUAGUGCUGCACCAGCAGACACUACCCCUGCCCCUGCAGAAGGCAGAACACCUGGAGCACCAGAGAUAGGCUCACCUGCUGCAUCAGUCCGUCCACCUCCUGAAACAGCAGCCAUUGCCACUGGUAAAUGA